AUGCGCUUCUUCGCCAUCACCGUUGCGGCCUUUGCUGCUGCCGUUGCUGCCCUUGAGAUCAACACCUUCCCUGCUGAGGGUGUUGUUGCCGGCCAGACCUACACCAUCACCUACUCGCCUGCCGACGACACCCCAACCACCUUCAUCCUCCGCCAGGGCAAGUCGACCGACCUCACCACCGUCGGAACCCUCACCACUACCGCCACUGGUGGAAAGUUCGAGUGGACCCCCGAGAAGAGCCUCCCAAGCCAGCCCGACUACGCGCUCCAGAUCCAGCGUGGAAGCGUCAUCAACUACUCUGCCCAAUUCCCUCUCAAGGGCGGAUCCGACGCGCCUGUUUCUUCGCCCAAGCCCUCUGGCUCUGCUUCGUCUUCUCCUACCCCUUCGCCUGCCAACUCGAUGAGCAGCGCAAUGGCCAGCAUGAUGUCCAGCAUGACCAACGCCAUGCCCUCUGCCUCCGCUACCAUGGGCUCCGGCGCAAACUCGACCGUCUCAUCCCCCACCCUCUCAAAGACUCACCUCCCCACUGGCACCAGCUCCGGCACUCUUCCCCAGGUCACCACCGCCGGUGGCAACAACCUCGCUGCCAGCCCUUUUGCUGCAAUGUUCGGUGCUCUUGCUGCUUUCGCUUACCUCGCUUAA